CAUGCUUAAUGUAUUGAGUUUCUUCUUAAAUUGACUCAAAAUUUUAUGUCUGGUUUACCUACACAAGGGCACAAUGAUGAAUUUUACGGAGGAUGCUCCUGGUACACAACAUCCUUACUUCAUAAUCACCUAUCUGAAUGGUGCAGAACAUCAAUGCUUUGUUAAUGCUAAGUCCCAUGGUUGUUUUUUGUGUGCAGUAAAGAAAGGCUUUGUUCUCUUAACAAAGAUGGAAAGUAUAACGGCAUACAAAAACCAACGUGGACAACCCAGAUCUGGAACUCCAGAACAAUCUGACACUCCAGUGUCUGCUAAUGACAUGUGUUCCCUUGCUGAAUGGCCAUCCCAUGCUCGCCGCAACCGUGCGCUACUACAGGAUGAAGCUGGUGGACAGAAGAAGAAAGUCUGAGGUGUUCUAAAAGGUUUUACAUAUAAGAAGCGUUUUUGCCAAUGGAUCUGCAAAGCUAAAUAUUACAUUCUCUGAAAAAUUGGGUGGUACAGUAGGAAUGAACUAUCGUUCGUUCAAGGA